CUAUGUUCGAAUUUCGAGAUUUUUAUUUUACAAGAUUUGGUGAGCUUACUUUUUAUUACUUCUAGAAACCGUACUUAUCGACACAAAGAUGGAAAGAUAUUUAGAGGAAAUUGUAAGAAGUUUCUAAACAAACUUGUUCAUAUUUAUGACAUUGUAUUAGUUUACAUUGCAAGUUAAUAUUUGUGCACUUAUAAAUAUUAGAAAAUAAAGCUUGGCACAGUAUUAUAUAUAUUGAAAACAAAUAGUAUAUACAUGUGUAUAUUUAAUACAUGUAGAGGAACUACAUAUUGGCUUUGGCGGUAUGAAUUUUUCGACAGUGAAUUUGUAACAUGAUAAUCUUAAAAAACAUGUGUGUAAAGAGACAUUUAUUUUAUUAAAAUAUGACUGAUAUUCAAUGAGUGUCAUCGCAAAUACAUGAGAAUAUCUUGUCAAUGUUUGCAUUAUAUCACAAUAUGAAGUGGAAAAUGAAUACAAAAGUGUAACGUUUAAUAAAUAAGGUUAAUUUAUAAAACGAAGAUAUCUAAAGUCCUGUGAUUAUUUUAUUUAUUAAAUACAGAUGUCGCAAUGCAGUAUACUUAAAUACAGAUUAAAAGUGUUUAUUCAGUUAGUCAUUGUAUGCAAAACAGUUCGUCGGAAUAUCUAAAAUAGACACAUGUAUAUAUAAAUCCUACAAGCAAACAUGGUAUCCUCAUGGUGUUAUGUUCUUUUGCCAGUAGUAUUAUUUAUUGGAUUACUUCGAAAAUGUCGUGAACGUACAUGGGGAAAAUGUAAAAAUGUAGACAGUUUGCAAGGCCGUGUAUUUAUUGUAACAGGUGCUAAUUCAGGUAUCGGUAAAGAAACAGUGAAGGAAUUGGCAAAAAGAAAAGCUACAGUCAUUCUAGCUUGCAGAACUUUACAAAGUGCCAGAGAUACUGUGUCUGAGAUACAUGCGCAAAUAACGACUGGAGAACUGGUGCCAAUGAAAUUGAACCUUGCAUCAUUUUCAUCAAUUAGAGAAUUUGCGACAGAAGUCAUAAAAAAUUUUACAGAAGUUCAUGUACUAAUUAAUAAUGCUGGAGUAUAUGUUCCUUUUAAAGAACAUGCUUUAACAGAUGAUGGAUUUGAAAUUCAUUUUGGAGUAAAUCAUUUAGGUCAUUUCUUGCUUACAAAUUUGUUGUUUGAACACUUAAAGAAAAGUGCUCCAAGCAGGAUCAUUAUUGUUACAUCCAAACUUUUUGAAUCUGGAGUAAUUGAUUUUUCAAACUUAAAUGGUGAAAAGGGAUUGGUAGUUAAAGGACGUAUGAAUCCAGCUUAUUGCAAUUCAAAGUUAGCAAAUACUUACUUUGGUAUUGAACUUGCAAAACGAGCUAAAGAUACUGGUGUUAAUGUUUACAUGGUUUGUCCUGGGUUCACCUAUACAGGAUUGUUCAGAAACGUUAAAAGGAGUUGGUUCCAUUACAUUAUUUUUUCACCAGUUGCUCUAUUAUUUUUGCGUACUGCAAAUCAAGGUGCACAAACUGUGUUGCAUUGUGCGAUAGAACCAGCAUUAUCUAAUGAAAGUGGUAAUAUUUACCGUGAUUGUAAAUUGUACAUUUCAAAAAAGCAACUAGACCCUGAUGUUGCAUCACGUUUAUGGGAUACAAGUGCAAAAAUGAUCUCAAACUAAAUAUUUUUAUGUCUAGUAUGUAUACUUUUUUUUUUAUAUAUUCAGUGGCCAUUUAAUAUUUAUUUUUAUAUGUAAAUACUGCAAUGUGAUAAUAUAGGAAGUUUAACAAAUUAUUGCCAUAGAUCUUAUAAGAAAUAUUAACAUAUUUUUGUUUGCAUUGUUAUGAAUAAAAUACUACAGUACUUACUUUCCAAGUUAUUAGAAUGUUGAAAAUGUUACAAAUUCUAUUACACUCAAAAACUCAGUAAAAAUAAAGAGAUUUUAAUGAUAUCAGGAAGAAUAGUUUUUUGAAUUGUACUCAUGUAACAUAAAAAUUAUUCUUUAAGGAAUCAUUUUCUACUAUAAUACAUUAUGUAUUCUAAAUCAUAGUAAAUUAUAAUAGUAUAUAUACAUUUUUAUGUU